GUGAUAUGUGUGUUUUUUAUCCGAUAUGUUAAUGGGUUUUUUUCUUAUUGUAUGUUUUUGUUUGUAUGUGUGAGGUUUAAAAAGGUGUUAAUGAUACAUGUCUAACAAAAAAAUUGUUUUUUUUUUUCACAGAAAAAAUGGUGUGUUUACUGUUGUUUUUCACCAUGGAGGUGAAUUUAUAAGGGAUAACAAUGUUGUGUACAGAGGUGGGGUUGAAAAUAUAGUGUCUGGUCUUGAGAUAAAUGAAUGGGGUAUGGUUCAAAUUAUGAACUUGUUAACCAGUUGGGGUUAUGCAAAAUCAAGUGUUAGGGUUUGGACAAGAAUUAUAGGGAUACCUAAAGUAGAUGAUAAGUUUUUUCUAGUGAGUAAUGACAUUGAUGCAUAUGAUGUUGCUGUUUAUGCUGCUGGGACUGAAUUUGAUGGCCACAUUUAUGUGGAACAUAAUGUGUCUGAUGUAAACAAGAAGGUUAGUGAGCCUAAGUGUAAUGGCGAGGACAGUGAAAUGGAAAGUGAUUACAGUGAUGAGAGUGAUUACAGUGAUGAGAGUGAUUACAGUGAUGACGCUCAUGGAGUGACAUUUGAUGACAGUGAGGAUGAGAGAACCACUGCUCUUAAUGAUGGCUUUGAAAUUAAUCAACUGCAGAGGACAUCGGAUAAGAAGUUGAAAAUGGUUGCAAGUCCUGCUCCUAUUGGAUAUAGUGGGCCUGAUUCUAAAGUUGAAGAUCAUGAGUAUUAUAGUGAUGAAUUGGGUAGCUCAGACCCAGAUGAAUCUGAUGAAGAUAGAGGAGGUCCUAAGGCUGAAAAGUUUAGAAGAUGUCAAUUGAAUGCUACCUUUCAGUUUAAGAAGGGUAUGGAAUUUAAUACUCUGAAUGAUUUUAGAGAGGCCAUCCGACAUUGGUUUGUUUUAAAUGGAUGGAAAAUUGACUUUGUCAAAAAUGAAAGUUAUAGGGUAAGGGUAGGGUGUAAGAAAAAUUGUGGUUGGUAUAUACUUUGCUCUAAAGUGGGCCACAAGCACACUUAUGCCAUAAAGACAGAUGUGGGUCUCCACACAUGUGCAAGAGAGUUGGAUAUUAAAACAGCAAACUCAAAGUGGGUGGCACAAGCUGUUGUGAACAAAAUGCAAACAACUCAAAAAGUUAGGCUUGUAGAUAUAAUGCAAGACAUACGAAUAAAUUACUCUGUGGGUAUUACAAUUGGAAGAGCAAUGAGAGCAAAAAAGAUAGCAACAACACUUCUUGAUGGAGAUGCUAACAAUCAGUAUGCUAUGCUAUGGAGGUAUGCAGAUGAGUUAAGAAGGGUUUCCAAUGGUAAUACCAUCAAGAUUAAUGUUGAAAGACCAGCUCCAUCUUUAUUACCAAGGUUUAGUUCUUUCUACUUUUGCUUCGAGGGUAGUAAAAAGGGUUUCAUCCAUGGAUGUAGACCUUUUAUUGGAGUUGAUGGGUGUCACCUAAAGACAAAAUAUGGUGGCCAACUUCUGAUAGCUGUUGGUAGGGAUCCUAAUGACCAAUACUUUCCAUUGGCUUUUGGGGUUGUUGAGACAGAAACUAAGGAGAGCUGGAGAUGGUUUCUCCAGUUGUUGAUGGAAGAUAUUGGACAAGAUAAGAGAUAUGUUUUUAUCUCAGAUCAGCAAAAGGGAUUGAUAGCUGUGUUUCAAGAAAUGUUUGAUAGUAUUGAGCACAGAUUAUGUCUCAGGCACCUAUAUGCAAACUUUAAGAAGAAAUUUGGAGGAGGAACUCAUAUUAGAGAUUUGAUGAUGGGAGCUGCUAAGGCAACUUACUAUCAAGGCUGGUUGCAGAAGAUGAAUGAACUUAAGGCUCUUGAUAAGAAAGCUUGGGACUGGUUAAUGGCAGUUCCCACAAAAAAUUGGUGUAAGCAUGCAUUUUCUUAUUAUUCAAAAUGUGAUGUUUUGAUGAACAACAUAUCUGAGUCAUUUAAUGCCACUAUCUUAGUUGCUAGGGAUAAGCCUAUAUUGACCAUGUGUGAAUGGAUUAGAACUUACCUUAUGAAUAGGAUGGCAACCUCUACCACCAAGUUAGAGAAAUGGCAACAUAGAAUCAUGCCUAUGCCUAUGAGAAGGUUAGAUAAAGAGGUCUAUAUGAGUGGUCAAUGGAUUACAACUUGGUCCAUAGAUGAAGAAUUUCAAGUUGCACAUCAAUUUAAUGGUCAACAGUUUAAAGUUGAUAUUGCCAAAAAAACUUGUAGUUGUAAUUUUUGGGAAUUGAUUGGGAUUCCAUGUAGACAUGCUGUUGCUGCACUAGGUUAUAGGAAACAAAACCCUUCAGACUUUGUAGAUCACUAUUAUACAAAGGAAAAAUAUGCACUUUGUUAUGGUUUUGGUGUGAGUACUAUAAAUGGUAUGGACAUGUGGCCUGAACCUGAAAAUGCUGAAGAGCGACCAGAAAUUUUGCCACCUAUUUACAAAACUGGUCCAGGUAGGCCAAAGAAGGUGAGAAUUAGAGAAUUUGAUGAGGAUGGUGUUAGGAAGAGGAAAAAAGGUGUAAAAUAUAGAUGUACCACAUGUAAUAGUUUUAAGCACAAUGCAGCAACAUGUAAAAGCAAGACUCAAGACCCAGAAGCAAUGAACAGAAAGAGAAAACAACCAAGAGGCAAAGAUAAUACAAACAGUGAAUCCAAGCAAGACAAUGCAAACACUGAAAUUGCUGAACCAAUUGCAACCACUGAAGUUGUGAUUGAUGCUAGUCAGAGUCAAGUUGAAGUUGUCAUUGAUGCUAGUCAGAGUUUUUUUGAUGAAAUACCUGAUGAAGUUAUGGCAACAGUUCCUGAAAUCAAUCAUGAUGAUAUUCCAAAGAAGGCCAAAGCUGUGAAGGACAAUGCAGUAAAGGAUAAGCCAGUCAAGGACAAGGCCAAAACUGUCAAGAAAAAAACUACAAUGGUUGAACCUGAGAAAAGAAGACAAAGUGAAAGGCAGAAGGCUAAUUGGGUUAAAAAACCAACUAUAGGUCCUGGGAAAUGAAUCAAAGCUUGAAACCUGUUUUAGAGCUAUGAAGUCUUGGAACAAAAUUUCAAAGUAGUUAUGAUGUUAAUUAGUAAUGACUUAUGUUUUUCAUUAUGUAAUCAGUGAUGCACUUUAUGUGCCAUUUUGGAAUGACUGAUGCACCUCUUUUGAAAUCAUGUAAUGAAUUUUGCACUAUAUAUGCUCUUUUUGGAAUCAUGUAAUGAUAUUAUGCACUAUAUUAUGAAAUUCUUAUGUGCUAUUUUGCACUAAA